AUGAGCGAGUGGCUUUACCUGCGCGUCUGGAAGUCCCAGCUACACCACAGUCCACGGAAGACUGAAAACUCCCCACUACAAAGGCUCACCGACAUUCUCAUCUUAUCAUGGAAAUUCAAACCCAUUGCCCAAGCUGGAUUUAGCCGCACCACGGAGAUGUCGAUGAACUCGAGGCUCGAGAAACCUGCCCAAGCAUCCGACCAGCCUCAUGUCACAUUCCUUCUCCCGCUCCAGAAGUAG